UUGCUUUCACGUGCCCUUACUGAGAACGAUUACAUAUGUCUUUCGGCACAAACCGAACGCAUCACGUUCGCUGGUUCUGCUUCUGUGUCGUGUAUCGAUCUCUGCUGCUCUGCUUGCUCUUUCUUCAACGUGUUUCGGUGGUUUGUGUUCUUUUUCUAAGAUAGGAGGCUGUAGAGUAGAUGCACGCAUAUGUAAAAUUUACGGACGGUUGGCAGCUGAUAUUGCCAACGUCUUUGAUCAGAAGCUUCUCGCCCCGAAAUGACGAAGACUUCGACGCCACCCGGAUAUACGAGGCCUACUGGGUGUCGGACUGCGGCGAUGAAGAGGAUUAUUACGAUGCUCACGUGCUCCUUCUGGGCGAGUCUGUGGAUGACCUCCUGAAGAAAAUGCAGACAAAACGGUACCCCAUUCCAAGGAUUGUCGGUGGAACAGCAAAGCUCGUAGGACCAGUAGGAAAGAAAGUCCAAGACCUCGGUCACAAGGAGAAGAGAAAACAAAAGGAAAUCGGAAAGAAAACAAGGCUGCAUGACAUUGCCGCUGAUUUCAGGAAAAAGCAGAAGAUCAAGCAGACGGAGACACCCAGCCGCUACCAGAGUGACAUGGUACCCAUCACUGUCCUCAGGGAAAAAGAGGAAGUUAUAAAAGAACUAAAAAAAGAACUGGCCAAAGAAAGGAGCCACAGUCGGCAGCUGGCUCAGGCCCUGGCCACAAAAAUUGUAGUUGCCGCAGGAGAGAGUAGAGACACAGCCACUACCUCCGAUGAGGGGCUUCCCUUUUAUGAGUCACCAUUCCUUGAGUGGGAGAAUGCACCCUAUCCAAUGAAGGAUGUUCACUGCGGCCCAGUUUCAGUGCCUUCAACUUCUGGCACAGGGUGCCCAUCUACACAGCGUGCGUUGCCUGCUAAAGUACUAGUGGAUCAAGCUCUGGUACCGCCAGUUGACCAAGUACUGGCAAACCAAGUGCCAACAUGUCCUGCUGAGAGAGUGCAGACUGUGCCGACUCCUCCCGCAGCUCUCUUGCCAGUGGCUGACGUCCCGCCAGUCGGUCAACAACAAGGCCUGGCAAGCACGUGGCACCUCAUUUGCCGGCUCGGCAAGCACGGGCUGCUGGACUGUUCUUUGUCGUAUGCUCGACUUCAGCUGCCAGUGCCUGUUUUGGACAGGGAAGAUCCCACACCACCGGCUUUUUCUGAGGAAGAUGGCAUGGUACACCUCGGUGGCAAGAUAAAGCUUUCGAAGCUAAAGAUUGAUGAUUUAGUAGACAGACUCCCUCCCAAACGAUAUGUGAAAGAUUUGUGCAGGUGUAUUUAUACUCACGAAGAGAUGUGCGCGAGAAGUGUGACCGGUGCCCCCUGCCGGAGUCAAUUGAAGGAUGGGGCAAAGGGGAAGCUGCCGGUAACCCCAAUGAAACUGCUGGCCCUUGCAAAUGGUCUCAUGUACUACGAGGGAGCCAAACCCACCGAAGCUCGGCACACGGGCCCCGAACUUCAGAAGAUUGUGCGGGAGGUUUUAAAGGAGUUCCUGCCCGACAACGCAAGACAAGGCACAAGAAGGAGGGAACCACCGGCACCCAAAGAAUAAAUGUGCAUGCUUGGGUGAAACAGCACACAAGAUUUACACCCAAGCCUCCAUCCUCUCAAUAAAUGUUCCUCGAGGCAUUUAGGCAUAA